GUCUUUAAUAUCGUCCGACCACGUGUGUGGUGAUCGAUCAUCACAAGAAUCGGAUGUAUUUGGGCAAUCUCACGCGAGGAGAAGGCUAUAAAUGACGCUGCUCCGUUUUCACCCAUCGUCGGAAGCAUUGCCGGUUCCCUGUCCUCCUCAUCCGCUCAAGAUGCAGAUCUUCGUUAAAACUCUCACCGGCAAGACCAUCACCCUCGAGGUGGAGAGUUCUGACACCAUCGACAAUGUCAAGGCCAAGAUUCAGGAUAAGGAGGGCAUUCCCCCGGACCAGCAGAGGCUCAUCUUUGCCGGCAAGCAGCUCGAGGAUGGCCGGACCUUGGCUGAUUACAACAUCCAGAAGGAGUCCACCCUCCACCUUGUCCUCCGCCUCCGUGGUGGCAUGCAAAUCUUCGUCAAGACUUUGACCGGGAAGACCAUCACCCUCGAGGUGGAGAGCUCGGACACCAUCGACAAUGUCAAGGCCAAGAUUCAGGAUAAGGAGGGCAUUCCCCCGGACCAGCAGAGGCUCAUCUUUGCCGGCAAGCAGCUCGAGGAUGGCCGGACCUUGGCUGAUUACAACAUCCAGAAGGAGUCCACCCUCCACCUUGUCCUCCGCCUCCGUGGUGGCAUGCAAAUCUUCGUCAAGACUUUGACCGGGAAGACCAUCACCCUCGAGGUGGAGAGCUCGGACACCAUCGACAAUGUCAAGGCCAAGAUUCAGGAUAAGGAGGGCAUUCCCCCGGACCAGCAGAGGCUCAUCUUUGCCGGCAAGCAGCUCGAGGAUGGCCGGACCUUGGCUGAUUACAACAUCCAGAAGGAGUCCACCCUCCACCUUGUCCUCCGCCUCCGUGGUGGCAUGCAAAUCUUCGUCAAGACUUUGACCGGGAAGACCAUCACCCUCGAGGUGGAGAGCUCGGACACCAUCGACAAUGUCAAGGCCAAGAUUCAGGAUAAGGAGGGCAUUCCCCCGGACCAGCAGAGGCUCAUCUUUGCCGGCAAGCAGCUCGAGGAUGGCCGGACCUUGGCUGAUUACAACAUCCAGAAGGAGUCCACCCUCCACCUUGUCCUCCGCCUCCGUGGUGGCAUGCAAAUCUUCGUCAAGACUUUGACCGGGAAGACCAUCACCCUCGAGGUGGAGAGCUCGGACACCAUCGACAAUGUCAAGGCCAAGAUUCAGGAUAAGGAGGGCAUUCCCCCGGACCAGCAGAGGCUCAUCUUUGCCGGCAAGCAGCUCGAGGAUGGCCGGACCUUGGCUGAUUACAACAUCCAGAAGGAGUCCACCCUCCACCUUGUCCUCCGCCUCCGUGGUGGCAUGCAAAUCUUCGUCAAGACUUUGACCGGGAAGACCAUCACCCUCGAGGUGGAGAGCUCGGACACCAUCGACAAUGUCAAGGCCAAGAUUCAGGAUAAGGAGGGCAUUCCCCCGGACCAGCAGAGGCUCAUCUUUGCCGGCAAGCAGCUCGAGGAUGGCCGCACCCUGGCGGAUUACAACAUUCAGAAGGAGUCUACUCUUCACCUCGUGCUGAGGCUUAGGGGAGGCAUGCAGAUCUUUGUUAAGACCCUCACCGGGAAGACCAUUACCUUGGAGGUGGAGAGCUCGGACACGAUCGACAAUGUCAAGGCGAAGAUCCAGGAGAAGGAGGGGAUUCCACCGGAUCAGCAGAGGCUCAUCUUCGCUGGGAAGCAGCUGGAGGACGGGCGCACCCUGGCAGAUUACAACAUUCAGAAGGAAUCCACCCUUCACCUGGUGCUCCGCCUCCGCGGUGGUCGCUAAACCGUUUGGCUUGUUUGUGUCCGAUGCUUUGGUUGUCAUCGUCGUUCCGUCUGUCGUUGGCAUGCAUGCAAGUCCGUCCAGAAAGUGGAAUAAGCGUUCGUGAAAUGUCUCUCGUGUCUGUGCGUUGUUUGCUUUGUCAUUUCAAUAAUUACUUGUGGCUAUGGUUGUGUUCAGUGGUAUUAUUGUAUCAACCCAAGUGAACAAUGUGUAUUUUGUCUAA